CUUCAUGCUUCAAGCAUCCUCGGUGUUACUUGUGAUCUCUACCUGGUGUUGCUACCACUAUUCCGCCCACGCUUCCCCAGUGCCACCUGUCGCAGCCGCCCUUAGCCCGCCAUCUCACGACUUCAGUUUCAUCAACAACAGAGAGGAAUCUGAAGGUUUGCCAGAGAAAGGAGUGCUCAAAUACUUCAAUCCAGGCAGGCAGGGCUGGGUGGACGGUGCUGAAGAUUAUCACCCAUUUGCUGAGGAUGUCUCCAGGAGAGGCUUCAGUGAUAAGAACUUUAUGAGAUUCGGCCGUGGUGGUCACAACGUCCUGCGAUUUGGUCGGUCCCUUGAUACUCGAAGCAACACCUUGUGUCUUGUUGGCUGCGAUGAAGAGCCUAAAACCCAAGACCACACCUCCCUCUCUACUUCUUUCCAUCCGACGACCCGUGCUGAACGAGAUAUCCAGUCCCCUGAACCCGGACAGCAAACGUCUCAGCGCAAGAAGAGAGCCGCCAGUAAAACCUUUAAUGGCUUCAGGAAGACGCCGUCUUACAGUCCUUCCUCCUGGGCCAGAGGGUUCCAACCUGAGGAACGGAUAAUCGCCGUGUCUUCUGAGGAUCCUAUGGACGUGAACUUAAUGCAUUUCGGCAAUGAUCGCAACCUUCUCAGAUUCGGCAAGCACGACAGAGCCAACGAAUAUCCCCCAUCUUCCUCAUCGGAGUUCAGUGGCUCCAUGAUCAUGACACCAGCUCAAUACACUCACCGAGUGAGGUCACCUCAGAGAGUUUUCUUGAGGUUUGGUUAAACUGGAACGAGACCCCGACCACAUUUACACUUAAGAUUUCAAGUAUCGGUGAACUACCUAGUCAAACCCCCAUUAAACCAAAGAAUAAAUUGAAUGAAACCCGCUAGUAUGUACAUCUAAAUAUAUAUAUAUUUUAUUUUGGAUAAGGCCUUCAAUUUAUUUUAUUACCUCUUCAUUUACAACAUGUUCAGGUAAAUUACACAUCAGCGGAAAUGGUAACAAAUCUGUAAAGUUGAAGUCCUGCAAAUUUAUACUGACAUAUAUAAAUAAUACCCAACUCCUGUCAGGGCGUUAAAACAAUGCAAGUACAAUCUCAGAAGAAAGAAACAAUACAACUACAUGUGUGAAUAGUGGCAGUGAACGUGCGUAUGAGCUUAGAUCAGGUCAAGUUAGCAGAUACUCAGCAGCUGGGUCCUUUUACUUUCAAAUUUUGUGAGGUUCACGUGUAUAAUUAUUAUUUUGUUAAGUCAUUUACUUUAUAAGCAAUAUUAAAAGCUACAUAUAUUAUAAUUAUAUUUAUAAUAUAUAUAUACUGUAUGUAUAAACAUUUCUUUUAAUUUGAUAUUCAUAAGUCAUAUAUACACUAAAUGUUUCAGCACGAAUAUACUCAUUGAUCUUUAAUUUGCAUAUUUGUUAAAAAUUAAUGGAUUAUUAUUUUUAAAGAGGCCAAAUACCUAUAUGAUCAAUGAUUAUUUUACUGUUAUCCCAAUUUUUUUAUACUUUCUAAAUAUUUAUAUGAACAUAAGCUGUGUAGUAUUGUAGAUAUCAGAAAAUCUUC